AAAUGCGCUCGAUAAAGCUUUUACAUGCCAUUUGGCCUGUCAUAGACUAUAUCAAUAAUAACGAGAAAGGAUACUUGACGUCGAAUAUAUAAAAAUGAUGGACUGUUCUCUAAAGUAGUACCAAGGAGAAGAAUACAUCGACGCAAGAAGUACCUUCAAUGAUAAAUCAUACAUGGAAUGGCUUGUUGAUAUAGUUCCCGAAGAGAAGAUACAUUAGAUGAGCUACGUAACAUGGCUCGGCGCUACCAAUUCCGGCACAAACUGACGGUACACCACCGAUCAUCAUCUUUCUACACCGAGAAUGCCAGUAUGUUGGUCAUUUUGGCUGUUGCCAUGGCAACGAUCUUCACGAUAAGUUAUUUCACGGCUAAUGCUUCAGAACUGAUGGCCAAUCGAGCUAGACCUGUUGGUACGUCAAGAUUGGCGACACCCCCGAAAACACCUCCACCCGCAGAGCCCAUGUCGAAACAUAAAUCUGACCAGCAUUUUACUCCAAAUUUGUGGAAUUUUGUGGUAAAUGAGGCAGAGAAGCUCUUCCUAUACCAACAUUUCUUAGAAACACCAUGGAAACGAAAUACAACAAAUGAACAAUUAUGGAGAUCGGAGUGGCAGGAUUUAUCUCCCAAUUGUACUGCAGAAAAAGACUUCGUCUUGACACAAACAAACGUAAAAGAGAAUGAUUCCCUAGUUUAUAGCUUGUAUCGAAAGGUGAAAGGAAAAGCCAUGAAGCAGUUCAAAGUCACCAAACAAUUGAUGCAAAAUAUUCCAAACGCUUCACCGCUUGAUGGCGUUCGACUCGGUCGGUGUAGUUUAGUGGGGAAUAGUGGCAUCCUACUCAACAGUGACUGUGGGAAACAGAUUGACCAGGCAGAUUUUGUAUUCAGGUGUAACACGGCACCCUUAGCGCCUUUUAGAUCUGAUGCUGGGGUGAAGAGUAACCUUACAACCAUGAACCCAAGUAUCAUUGAAAGAAGAUUCAAUUUUCUAAAAGAAGAAGAAAACAUUACGUCAUUUGCCAAGGCGGUGUCGCAGUACAACGGUGAUAUCUGGCUACCGUGCUUCGGAGUCCAGUCACACACGAAAACAUGUUUGAAAGCACUGGAUGUAUAUGAGGAAUUCAAUCCAAGAUUAUUGGUCGCUAAUCCAGCACACUUUCGUCUCGUUUGGGAUUUCUGGAAGCAAAGGAAGUUUGGAAGUGAAACUCUAUCUACAGGGUUCUAUUUGGUGCACAUUGCACUGAGCGUGUGUGAAGAAACACAUCUCUAUGGAUUCUGGCCAUUUUCAUCUCAACUAGACCCAUUUCCUGGACAGGUCCAUGAGGUUCCAUAUCACUACUUUGAUGGUCUUAAAUUCACCAAGAAUCAUGACAUGAGCAAAGAGUUCCAGGUUCUUCUGCAGAUGCACAAGCACGGUCUGCUCCGAAUGCACGUUGGAAAAUGUCCAUAACUUUCAUGUAAUACCUUGAUUAUUGCAAGGACUUUCAACAGGGACUAUUUACCUUUCUGGCAGUCUGACUGUUGAUCAGAGAGCAAUGGAGUCGAUAACCAAGCAAUUUGAAUACUUCUCCUGCGCAUCGGGAACGCUACGGCAUGACAUUCUUAUUAAAGAAAAAAACGGCGACACAAGUGUAUCUUGCGUGCCACCAAAACGGGUCUUGGUUAUAUACAACGUGGGUAUACUCGACAUGCUGGAUGGAUUCGUGGAUCUUCCAAUUCGUUGUCAGCCAUACACGCUCCCGCCGUAUGCAAUAUUGUGCUAUAGUCUUGCCUUAAAUUGGUGCUGAUUGAAUUUGGCUUUGACUUUCAUUUAUUUCUAUUAGGUAAUUUGUAUAUGUUAUAAGUUUACUUUGUGACCAACCAUCCAAAAACCAACAUUAAGUCGCCAGGGAAUAUUCUUGAUAAUAGCCAAUAUAAUUUAGUCUUCAAUAUGCAUAAAUCAGAUAAUUGGUUUGUCUAAAAGAUUAAUUUCUUUUAUACUGUCAAACAUUGAAUUUGUAAAGUUUAAUAAAAGAACACAAAAGAUUCAAAAGUUUCUUUGAUACCAUUUGUGCAGAAUGCUUGGAGGUUUCACUGAGAUUGUAUAGUCAGUGUGCACAUCUCAUGCUUCAACCUCAAACCUUGUUUCUCCGAAGCUGUUGCUAGUUUUCUUAUGCAUUCAGUCAAGUGCUUGUGAGGUUAUGUUGACCGAUUUUGACAAGCUACAUAUCAUUUCAAAGCUUAGGAUGUGCUUUUUUAAGCGCAAUGAAAAUCUCAAAAUUCAUUUUGAAACUAAAAGAAAUGUUAGUUUUGAGGUGGAUGGUAACCUAUAAUCCUGUUUCUAACUAUCCUGUAUAUCUUUGUUAAUUGCAAAUUCAUUUCGAACUACAUUAGUCCGAAAAAAUAUAUUUUAGCAUGUAUUACUGGCCGUAGAAAAAUGAAAAUUGUCCUCCAAUUCGCAGAUAUUGUGGCUCGUAUUCUGAACUAGAGUUUGAAAUAUGGUCUAAACUUCUGUUUUGGUACGCUAUUGACAGCCAAUUUUGACACUUUUUUUAACUAAAAAGGGUACAAUCUAUCAGCUCAUAUGACACAUAAAUCAUUCAUAGCCGUCUAGAAGUGAUGACUAAAACAAUAUGGGCAGAGGUAAUCAUAAAGAAAAUACAUUUCAAUCAACAAAACAAUUGACAUUUUCUGCUUGUCAUAAAUUAAACACAAAGUUUCAUUAGUC